GCAUGAGCGAGUGUCCUUGCGACGUUCAUCAUUCGAUACGGUAAUGAAGAGAAGGUCGCGUCUUUGCGCCUGACCGAGCGUGUAUGUAUCGCGGGAAAGUGGUGUUGUUUGAAUGAAGACCCGUCAAAUGAAGGGACUGUCUUCAUUCAAUUGAACACAACAAAAGCGCGUUGUUGGGAUUGCGAAACAAGCGUUUCGAAAUACAAACAAGGACACGCAUCCUCCAUCUUUGACGUGUUGCACCUCCAUUUCAUCCUCACAUGUCCAACAUGGUGGUGCCCACACCAUCGCACCAGGAGACGCAGGGACCGGACGCAGGACCUGACCAGGAUUUGCUCAAGGCCUCGACCACUCCGGUUGCUGCAUCCUCGACAGAAGAACAGGCGAUAUCACACUCUGUUCAAGAAGAGACUAGGCCUGCUCUCAGGGCUGAAGCAACAGCAGAGCAGACCACGACUCCCACGAAUACCCAAAAGCCAGAGCCCACAACUGCAGCCUCAGAGAUGGCCAUUACACCUGUGCCAGCUCAGACUCAGGCACCGAAGCAAGUCUUCUCACUCUUUUUGACACCGGAGCAACGGAAAAAGAAACUCGAAGCCGAAGGCCUCUCCACCGUUGCACUUUCCAAACGUGGCCGGAAACCUAAACCCAAAGGCCCCACCGGUAUCGCCGCCCCUCCUUCUCCUCACUCCAUGAUAACUUCUAAACCAUCGAUCGAUCCCAAAUCCAUCGUUGACCCCAAUAUCUCCAAAAACGGCGAGACACACCCCUUCUUUCAAGAGAUCAAGGCCACCUCUCAAUUGCACGUCACCUCCUCCGCGAGCAGUUCAGGAUCUGACGCUGCGAACGGACAUCACGCUAAUACCCGCAGAUGGUUGAACGACAAACCACAGGAAUCGCCCUUCCCGCUAAGACAUCAGCAAUUCCAUGGAUCGGAGACCAUUGAUGUGAUUAAUGGCGUCGUCGCACGGCUCUGUGGCAUUAACGCAUCCUCGCCUACAGCUCCAGCCAGCACAGUAGAAACACUACAUGAGAUUGCGAAGAGGUCUUCUGGAAACACGGAGCAUAAACUUUGUGGAUGGUAUUCUCUCCGCGCCUCGCCCGAUCUGGGGAUCACAGCUCCGCAAUACACGGUCAAGCCUCGCGGGAAGGACUGCUGGACACACUGGGGUAGAAGCACAGGCGCGGAUACGGAUCGGGAACAGAAAUGGAGGGCCUGGUCGGAACGCAAUCACCGGUUACAGAAGCCGACCGAGCGGGAGAGACAACUCGUCAGUCCCAGAAACAGCGGAGCUUCUCCAGCGGAGGAGUUUGAGUCCUGCCAGCGAGUCGCCGCAAAUCAAGAUCUGUGGCAGCGGACGUGGGCGACGACGCUCUUAUCGAAUGCGAGAUUAACACCGGGAUUGGAAUCGACGGCGACAGAUGUACAACUGCCAGCAGCAGAUUUGGCAAGGGUAGGAGAGUUAUGGACGGAGAAGUAUCGACCGCAUCAGGGAGCCGAGGUGUUGGGGAACCGCGCCAAUACGGAGUACUUGACGCAGUGGUUGAAAGGCUUGGAGGUCUCGGGGUGGACACUGAACCCAGAAGAAGCAGGCGCAGGCGGGAAUGGUAUGGCCAAAAAGACAGCAGAUAUUAUUAUGGGCACAGCCAGAAAGCGUAGGAAGCGUCCAAGGCGAAGAGGAGGCCCGGAGCUAGACGAUUUCAUUGUGUACGACGACGAUGACGAUUUUGAGAGUCCUUAUGACUACUUGAGCGAUGAGGACGAUGGCUUCUUUGCGGCACCCAAGCCCUUGUCUUCGUUUUCGCGGUUGGCAUAUAGUGACACACCAGAGUCGGCUCAUUCAGGGAGGACGUUACCAAAAAAGGUCGAUAUCAAAUCCAACACGGUCCUCUUGAGUGGUCCCACGGGAAGUUGCAAAACUGCGGCGGUGUAUGCAUGUGCAGAAGAGAGCGGAUAUGAAGUAUUUGAGGUGUCGCCAGGCACAAGGAGGACAGGGAAGGAGGUUUUGGGACUUGUGGGCGAGAUGGCAGAGAACCACCAUGUGCAUGUUGUCCCCGGAAAGUCGGACGUCAAGGACGAUGUUGUAUCGAUAAUGGGCGGGAAGAGUCAUGAGAGCCCGGUGGCUACACCUGCGGCAACACCUGUGGCAACUUCGACGAUUCAAGCAUUUUUUCAGCGGAGUCAGCAGAACCAGGCUAGUCAGCGACAACAGCAACAACAACGGCAACAGCAACAUCAGGAGAUGUCAGAGAACGGGGAUGAUGAGUAUAUGGACGAGUCUUCAGAUGUGGAUAUAGAUGAUUCCGAUGGCCGUCAUUCGCCAGCGGCCCCUCCGAACGAUACCCAGCGGACGACAAGGUCGUCAUCAUCGUUUUCAUCGUCCUCAGUCGCGGAUGGGGGGAAAAGUAGCAGCCCGGCGUUUCAUGAGGACACGCUUUCGGAUCUGUACUCUCUCCUGUCGACGACGAAUCCUCGGCAGUCUUUGAUUCUUUUGGAAGAGGUCGAUAUUUUGUUUGAAGACGACAAGGGCUUCUGGGCGAGCAUCAUGACCCUCCUCUCAAAGAGUCGGCGACCUGUCGUCAUGACCUGCAAUGGUGAGUCGUUCCUCACCACUUGCUACUUAACAUGUUCAGACAUCUAUACUAUCCGCCACCAAUUCCUAAUCGUAUCGACUUGUGACACUCUUACAACAACUUAGAUGUCUCGAAGAUCCCUGCAGAAUCUCUCCGCUUCCAAGAACAUCUGGAAUUUACCCGACCCUGUCUUCGUGAACUUCACCAAUACCUCUCAUCCGUCUGUAGGAUCGAAGGAUUCAUCUGCUCGUCCGAAUAUAUUCUUGGACUGAUCAAACACUGCCGAUACGACGUGCGGAAGUGUCUUAUGCAACUUCAGUAUGAUGCAGGCGUCAUACGGAGC